CAAUGCCACUGCUGCACUUGCACCUCUGCUUCACCAGCAUGCUGUGCUGGCUGGCCCAUGAGUCCAGCUCCUUGGUGCUGCCCAAUGCCACCGAGCUCCUGUCCCCUCCUAGCAGCACAAGGACGGGUCCAGCUCCAGGUGCAGGGAUGCCCCGGAGCCGCCGCCGCCGGUACCUGUCCCCCCGUGACAUGAAUGCCAUCCUGGACUACCACAACCAGGUGCGGGCACAGGUGUCCCCCCCUGCUGCCAACAUGGAGUACAUGGUGUGGGAUGAGCGGCUGGCCAGGGCGGCAGAGGCAUGGGCUGCACGGUGCGUGUGGGAGCACGGCCCCCCCCAGCUGAUGAAAUAUGUGGGGCAGAACCUCUCCAUCCACUCGGGCAGGUACCGCUCCGUGGUGGACAUGGUGAGGUCGUGGCACCACGAGCAGCAGCACUACUCCUUCCCGCAUCCCCGCGAGUGCAACCCCCGCUGUCCCUCCAAGUGCAGCGGCUCUGUCUGCAGCCACUACACUCAGAUGGUGUGGGCCUCCUCCAACAGGCUGGGCUGCGCCCUGCAGGCCUGCAGCAACAUGCAUGUUUGGGGCAGCACGUGGCGCCGCGCCGUCCUGCUCGUCUGCAACUACGCCAUCAAGGGCAACUGGAUCGGGGAAGCACCGUACAAGAUAGGGAGGCCGUGCUCAGCCUGCCCACCCACCUACGGGGGGGUCUGCUCUAACAACAUGUGCUUCACAGGACUCAAAUCCAACCAAGUGAGCUGGUUUUAGGACGGCGGCACUGCUCCACUCCCUCCUGCACCCCAUGGGGACAGGGGCAGCAGGAUUAUUUAUGGCACCACGAUGCUUUUGUCCUCCCCAGCCCAGCCCUCCCUGUGCUGCUUUAGCCUUUAGGCAGGACACAGAGCCUGCUUUGGCCCCAGUGCUGCCACUCUGGGGGUUCUUUUUGGACACCCCCUGGGACUGCUACCAUCUGCAGCUGCUUCACACCUGGGGGGCACUGGGGGUGCUGGGGACACACGGGGCUGGUGAGGCCCUGCUGCGCAGGGCUGGGUGGGA